GGUUCUCGCCGUGAGCGUGUGGAUUUUAUCAGCGCCUCACAAACAUGAGUGUCCCGGCUUUCAUAGACAUUACUGAGGAGGAUCAGGCCUCUGAGCUGCGGGCCUACAUGAAAUCGAAAGGAGCAGAGAUCUCAGAGGAAAAUUCAGAGGGAGGCCUGCAUGUCGAUCUGGCUCAGAUUAUCGAGGCCUGUGAUGUCUGCCUGAAGGAUGACGAUAAAGAUGUGGAGAGUGUGAUGAACAGCAUCGUGUCUUUGCUGCUGAUUUUGGAGACGGAGAAGCAGGAGGCGCUCAUUGAGAGUCUGUGUGAGAAACUCGUCAAGUUUCGUGAGGGUGAACGUCCCACACUGAGGAUGCAGCUGCUCAGCAACCUGUUCCAUGGCAUGGAUGAGAACACGGCAGUGCGGUACACUGUGUACUGCAGUCUGAUUAAAGUGGCAGCAGCCUGCAAUGCCAUCGCCUUCAUCCCAACGGACCUGGACCAGGUGCGCAAGUGGAUCAUAGACUGGAACCUGAACACAGAGAAGAAACACACUCUGCUGAGACUGGUAUACGAGGCUCUGGUUGACUGUAAGAAGAGUGAAGCUGCAGCCAAAGUCAUGGUAGAGCUGUUGGGCAGUUACACAGAAGACAAUGCUUCUCAAGCCCGGGUAGAUGCCCAUAGGUGCAUUGUCCGUGCUUUAAAAGACCCAAGCACGUUUCUGAUUGAUCAUCUACUGGCCCUGAAACCUGUGCGCUUCCUGGAGGGAGAGCUCAUCCACGAUCUGCUGACCAUCUUUGUGAGCGCAAAACUAGCAGCCUACGUCAAAUUCUACCAGAACAACAAAGACUUCAUUGAUUCUCUUGGUCUGUCACACGAGCAGAACCUGUCGAAGAUGAGGCUGCUGACCUUCAUGGGCAUGGCUGUGGAGAUGAUGGAGAUUUCUUUUGACACAAUGCAGCAGGAGCUGCAGAUCGGUGCAGAUGAAGUGGAACCCUUUGUUAUUGAUGCCGUUCGGACUAAGAUGGUCUACUGCAAAAUUGACCAGACGCAGCGCAAAGUUGUUGUGAGCCACAGCACUCAUCGUACAUUUGGAAAGCAGCAGUGGCAGCAGCUGUAUGACAGUCUCAGCUCUUGGAAGCAAAAUCUGGUCACGGUGAAAUCCAGCCUCCAGACACUCGCUCCUACCGUCUAACACACACAUUUAACACUCUUCUUAAACUGCAGCUCCUUCAGUUUUUACAGACACACAAUAAAACAACAAAUGAU